UCCGCCGCAUCGCCGCUCAGCCACUUGCCAGCACCAUGGCCCUGUCCAGCGACCCCGCCUUCAGGAAGCUCGCCGAGUGGUACAAGGCGAACGGCGCCAAGCUCGUCCUGAGGCAACUCUUCGAGGCCGACAAGGACCGCUUCGAGACGUUCAGUGUGACUCUGAAUACUGAUCAUGGGGAUAUCUUGGUGGAUUAUUCGAAGAACCUUGUUACAGAAGAGAUCAUGAAGAUGCUGAUAGACCUGGCAAAGUCAAGAGGUGUUGAAAAUGCCAGGGAGCAAAUGUUCAGUGGAGAGAAGAUCAACUUCACUGAGAAUCGGGCUGUGCUUCAUAUUGCCCUGAGGAAUCGCUCCAAUGUUCCAAUAUUAGUGGAUGGCAAAGAUGUAGUCCCAGAAGUUAACAAGGUGUUGGACAAGAUGAAGCACUUCUGUCAGAAAGUUCGUAGUGGAGAAUGGAAAGGCUACACUGGAAAGGCAAUUACCGAUGUGGUCAAUAUUGGGAUUGGUGGCUCAGACUUGGGCCCCGUUAUGGUGACUGAAGCCCUGAAACCAUAUUCCAAGGGAGGCCCUCGUGUCUGGUUUGUAUCCAACAUUGAUGGUACUCAUAUAGCCAAAACCGUGGCUGAGCUUAACCCUGAGACAACACUCUUCGUCAUUGCAUCUAAGACUUUCACCACCCAAGAAACUAUUACCAAUGCAGAAACGGCCAGAGAGUGGCUUCUUCGUUCUGCUAAUGAUCCUUCUGCUGUGGCCAAGCAUUUUGUCGCCUUGUCUACCAAUGGUCCUAAAGUUAAAGACUUUGGAAUUGACACUGAGAAUAUGUUUGAGUUUUGGGAUUGGGUUGGUGGCCGUUACUCAUUGUGGUCAGCCAUUGGUCUCUCCAUUGCUCUGCAUGUUGGUUUUGACAACUUUGAGAAACUGCUUGCAGGAGCCCACUGGAUGGACAACCACUUCCACACUGCUCCACUGGAAAAGAAUGUGCCAGUUCUGCUGGCCAUGCUGGGUGUCUGGUAUAUAAACUUUUAUGGCUGUGAAACCCAUGCACUCCUGCCAUAUGACCAGUACAUGCACCGCUUUGCUGCUUACUUCCAGCAGGGUGACAUGGAAUCUAAUGGGAAAUACAUCACCAAGAAAGGCACUCGUGUGGACUACAAUACUGGCCCUAUUGUGUGGGGUGAACCUGGAACUAAUGGGCAGCAUGCCUUUUAUCAGCUCAUUCAUCAAGGAACUCGUAUAAUCCCCUGCGAUUUUCUAAUCCCAGUCCAGACCCAACAUCCAAUCAGAAAUGGCUUGCAUCACAAGAUCCUUCUGGCCAACUUUCUUGCUCAGACUGAGGCCUUGAUGAAAGGAAAGACUGCUGAUGAGGCUCGAAAAGAACUGCAGGCUACUGGGCUGAGUGGAGAUCCUCUGGAGAAACUUCUUCCACAUAAGGUCUUUGAAGGAAAUCGCCCAACCAAUUCCAUUGUGUUUACAAAACUUUCCCCGUUCACUCUGGGAGCCUUAAUUGCUAUGUACGAACACAAGAUCUUUGUUCAAGGAGUUGUGUGGGAUAUUAAUAGCUAUGACCAGUGGGGAGUUGAGCUUGGAAAGCAAUUGGCUAAGAAAAUUGAACCAGAACUGGAUUCUGAUGCUCCAGUGACGUCUCAUGAUAGCUCAACAAAUGGGCUCAUUAACUUCAUCAAGAAGCAUAAAGCUUGACCUGAAAGAUUCAGAGGACACCACCAGUCUAACUGCCGAACACACAGAUCAAUGUUGUAGUAAUUGCGCUUUAGCUACUUUUAACCAAAAUAGCACUUUACACUUGGAGCCCCGUAACUUGUUGCAGCUAAUCCUGUUCUGUCAAAUGUGUUAAAAAUGCAAGCUAGUUUUGUGAAACAGAUUGUAUAGUUGCCUUCUAUUUUUGUGGUUGUCAAACUGUAAAGUGCAGCUGUGUCCCUCACUACUCCCUCAAAGUUGAUCACAUGUACUAAAAUCAGAAAAUAAAAGACCAUGGACAAUAGAACCUCUUCACUCUUAAGUGCAAGCCUGAUAAUCCUAGCUUUACCAGUUAGUUCACUCAGUUUCAGAGUCUCUAACUUCAAUUUGUGUCCUCUUCUUUUGAGACUGGUCUUACUGUAAGAUAAGGGGUUUAGGAUUAGGGGGAACUCCUUGCAGAAAUCAAACAACUGUGUUGCAGCAUUGCUCAGAUUGUAUAGUAUAUGUUCUCUGAAUAAGACCUGGUCAUAAUGGCCACUGUAACCCCCAGGGAUUCAUAGUCAGGGCCAGCUUUAGGACCGGCGGGGCCCGAUUCCGCAGUCCAGGUCUUCGGCGGGGGAUCCGCUCCACAUCUUCCAUGGCACUGAAGGACCCCCUGCCGCCGAAAUGCUGCUGGAGCAGACCGCCACCAGGUGAGCAGGGCCCUCUUACCGGCAGGGCCUGAUUCCAGGGAAUCCGCCUAAAGCUGGCCCUGUUCGUAGUUACUGCUAUUAUGCUAAACAGAUAGGGAAGGUUGACAAGUGUACUAUGGGGGCUCUUCUGUAUUUACUUGUCCAGAUUCUCCAUGAGCUAGGGAUUUACCAGACAAACAGCUACUCCAAAGAGGAGGAAACUUCUUUCCUGAUGUGACAUUGAUGUUUUUUAGACUUCAGAAACACUUAGAUGUUUGGUAUAUUUGCAUUCAACUUCCUAUCAAACUGCUAAAGCUUAGCACCACUUACUGAAAACUCCUCUGGUUUCCUAGAUCUGUCUUUCAGGAUCCUUCAAACAAUUACAAUUCCUGUAUGUGUAUUUGCUGCAAAUUGAAUAAAGAGAAUAGAA